AUGCAAGAUGAGGAGAGCGGUCGAAAGCCAAAGCUGCUUCGAUCGCCGGUUUCACCAACAAAGGAGGAAAUCGAAGAGCACGAAGCAACAGGGCACACCAUCCAUAGGACCUGGUGUGGCCACUGUAUGCGCGCUCGUGGACUGCAUGAGCGGCAUCCUAGCGAACCUGAACAAGGAAAAGAUGAACGUGGUUUGCCCAUCAUUUCAAUGGACUACUUUUGGAUGGGCAGGGAUUCGAAGAAUCGGCCAGAAGUUGAACCUGAAGGCGAAUUGCCUUCGUUGCAGGUCAAAGACGAGUACACUGGUUACAUGUGGUGCAGCGUGGUUCCAGCCAAGGGCGCAGACAACUACGCGGUGAACUUCGUCAUCCAGUGCCUUGAGGAGUCAGGGUACAGGAGACUGGUGCUGAAGUCGGACAACGAGAACUCGAUCAAGUCCCUCAAGGAGGCUGUGAAGAAAGGCAUCAAGACGGUUGAGAUCGUCUUGGAGGAGUCAAAGACAGGAGACUCGCAGGCAAACGGCGCUUGUGAAGUUGCUGUUAGAGAAACCAAAAGGCAGAUCAAGGCUAUGAAGAGUUCCCUGGAAGAAAAGCUGGGGAUUCAGGUGAGAGAUCGGCAUCCGAUUCUUGCAUGGGUCGGUCGUCAUGCUGAUUUCAUGAUCUCCCGCUUCAGAGUGGGAACGGACGGGCGAACGCCAUAUGAGCGUUCUCGCGGCAGACGGUGGAAACGACCAUCCGUCACUUUUGGUGAAAGAGUGUGGUUCAAGCCUCUGAAGAGCUAUCUGGAAGGGCCCUAUGACACGAUGCGGGAAGGCAUGUUCAUGGGGGCCCAUGGUCGCAAUGGCGACGCACUGGUCAUGACCAAGGAUGGUGUGAUCAAGGGUGGCAGCGUGAAACGGAUGCCGGAGGAGAAACGCUGGUCGACGGAAGAUUUCGAUCAGAUGUGUGGCACUCCGUGGAAGAUGAGGCCACAGAAGCCAGAAGACUUGGACGCACCAAUAGCGAUUGCAAUGCCUGCAAUUGAGCCUGGCGUACGACUGAUGCCAGUCCCAGCGGAUCGAGAUUCGCUGCCAAGGAACCUCUAUGUCAAGAAAGCCGACGCGUCAGCGGACGCGGAUGAGCCGAAUGAGUUGGUCCUGCGGGAUGGCCCAGAUGAUGCUGUCGAGAUGGCGGCAGAUGCAGCCAUUGGACAACCCGAGGGUCGAGUCGGACCUUUGGUCCGACCGGACCCGGUGAGACGUCCUUUGGAGGAGGAAGGGUCUUCCCCAGGAGGGGCAGCCAAGAGGCAGAAGUCUCCGGAGAAGAGGGGACAAAAGAGAGAAGGUGAAGAGAGCCAUCGAGAAGCUCAGGUGGCUGAAAGAGAAGAGGCCCGUGGAUCUAACGAUCCAGCACCUCCAGCUCAAGGAAGUGGGGCACCGGCAGCUCAGAGUCAAGGAUCUGGGCAAUCGGACAUGGUUUCCGUUUUGGAAGCCAACAUGUUUCAUAAACUGGAGUCCAAGAAAGAGAUCUACGAGAUCAGCCAACUACUGUGCUCCAUGGGAAUCAGCAAAAGCGACGUGGCCGAGAUCUACAAUCCCGAGCGUUUCACUUCGAAGGCUAACCUUUUCGGUCUUCGACCUGGAUUUGCAGUUGAUUUGAUGGUUUCCAAGAACUCGAAAGGAGACCAUUGGGAUCUGUCAAAGGACACAGAUCAGCGAGAGUUGAAGAGGCUCCUGAAGAAGGAGAAACCGCUAUUCCUUGUCGGAUCACCUCCGUGUGGGCCAUUUAGUCCACUUCAGAAUCUCAGCAAGUACAAAAGAACGGAUGAAGAGAAUCAGCAGAUCUUAGAAGAAGGUCGAAUGCACUUGAAGCUUCGAGUUCGAGGCGAACUCAGUACCUUGGCAGAGCUCACAUCGGGUCCCUCACCCGAUGAUACCUCAAAUGACCAAACCGAAAGCUUCGUGGACGAGACUGUCAGCGACUAUGUGGACUCAGUGACAGGCAUGCCACUGGACCCUGUGAAAGUUUUGGAAGCCAGAAAGGAAGAGAUGAAGUGGGUGGAGAAGCAGCAGCUAUGGGAUGUUGUUCCCACCACUAUGUGCUGUGAGGAGACCAACCGAGAUGGUACGUCAAUGUGCGUACUCAAUAGAGUGAUCAGCUAUGACAAGACGACUGGCGUGUUGGACUAUGAAGCAGAUCCACGCCAUGCUGAAUACAUCGUGAAAGCCCUAAACUUGGAAGGUUGCAAACCGGUUAGUACACCGGCGGAAAAGCAGAAAAUACAAGAUGUUAUCGCGGCUGAAGAACAGCCCGAUUUGGAACCAGAACAAGUUUCACAAUACAGGUCUCUUACUAUGCGAGCUGCUUACCUGUCAAUGGAUCGUGCCGACCUGGCUGAAGCAACGAAGUCACUUGCUCGGCACAUGCAAAAUCCUACCGAAUAUGCUUGGGGAAAGCUCAAGACGAUCUACAGGAAAUGUUGA